AUGGCGACCAAGUUCGACGCCAACAACGCACAGAACCUGCUUGAGAUCGAGAAACAGUUCGCAGUGAAAGCCGUCGAGCAGGCUCAGACGUACUGGAACCUCCUCGAGAAGAUCGACCCAAAGGACCUCAAGCUGACAAAAUACGACGACGAGAUCUACGACCACUUCAUAUCGACCUUCCCCGAGCUCGCCGAGGCGCCGUACGACAAGCUCGCAAAAAUAGACGAAGAUUGGAUGAAGAGCAAGGAGGGGAAGAAGAAGUGGAGGGAGUUUAUCGAGAGCUAUAAAGACAAAGUACAAGACUACAACUUUGGCUCGCUCAUACGCACGGACUGCACGGAUGAGUAUGGGGAGAAGAACACGAUCUUCGUGACGAGGAUACAGUUCUACGCGUUCGAGAUCGCACGCAACCGCCUCGGGCUGAACGCACAGGCCCACGAGCUCGCACGCGCCGAAGCCGAGAAGGAGCGGGUCAAGAAGGAGAAGGAGGCGAGGGCGAAGGAGAGGGCGGAGAGGAAGGGGAAGGGGCGGACGUAG